CAUGAUUUCAUCUUUUAUUGCCAUUGUACUUUGCAUAGUCUUACAGAAAAGAGACUUGUAAAAGAUUUUACUCUUGCUCUUUAACACUUUGUUCUUUUUUAUUUUAUUUUGUUGAUCCUACCUCAAUACAAUGUCAAGCUUAACUUAUUAUAAUGUGAUGCUAUGGAAAAACGUCCAGCGACCUUUACCAUCAUCACUCGCAAGCCGUAACCUUUGGCAACAUUCUAAGGUGUUUUGGUUAAGGUGGAUGGGAUCCCAGAGGCGAAAUGGAUGCUAAUGACAUUGAAAGACAAGAAACCUCAGUUUUCAAAAUGUAGACAAAAUACUUUAAAUGGUUGCUUGAAAAGAUGAAAAGACGUCUACUCAAUCCGUUGAUAUCAAGUUGGCGUAGGUUCUUCCAUAAACCUGUUCGUUGAAAACCUAAAGAAACACUUUCCCAGUUAUCGAGCAAUUUGGACAUAGAUCGAGGUUUUCAGGCUUGCACUGCCUGACAUAAAAAUUGAAAUUGAAGUGCAACCACUUGCAAAAUCCAUUUGAACGACCGACGGAUGAAUUAUGUUGCAGCUUCUUGUUUCUGGAUUUGCCGAGAGCAUCUGGAUCGUUUAUAAAGGAUUCGUCUCAAAUGAAAUCUUGUCAGAUACGUAAGCACAAUUGCAAUCGUCCUUAUAUAAUCUGGACCGCAUCAAAAGGUAUUUUUUUUCCACCAUUAGUAACCCAAGCUCGUCAUGGUCAUUCUUUGCUGAUGUUUUCUUAUAUAAUAUUAACAAAUUAUCUUUCGUAAUACCGACACCAGCGUACUGUCCGAUGACUAUCAAUGCGUUGAAGCUCGGUAAAUGCUUAACGAAGUUGAAGGUAUCUCUAUGUCCACUUUCUUCUCGCAUCUUUGUUUUGACGUCAUGGAGGACAUCCCAAGCAGGUGUCCCAGCUUAAAUAAACAAACAAAACAACUGCCAAUGCCCUUCCAUGGUGGCUACAGUUUGUUUAUUAUCCCUACAAUCCCUUCUACACACUUCACUCUCGCUGACCCUUUUCAAGAAUGAAUCAAGAUUUAUUUACGAACCCAUUUGGAAUUCCUCCACCAUCUGAUGAUUCUUAUGCAGCCUUACAUCGUUUCAUAACUGAAUUCUCGCAGGCAAUUCCUGGUGAUCAGUUUGACUCGUUUAGAAGCAAGUUGGCAAGCCUUUAUGAAGCAAUUGCAUCCAAACUUCGAGGAGAGACUCGUCCACGAGAUGACUUGUCUGAAAUUCGUGGAAUGUUUCAAGCUCUUUACCAGAAGUUUAAUAAUCUGGAAGAUGGACAAUCUAGCCUCACAGAAGGGAUGAUUCAAGGACAACUGAGAUUGGAAGGAAAACUUGGAUUUAUUAACAGCGACUUUCCAGUUAAUAAAGGUGAUUUCUAUUUACAAUCCAGCCAAAUUGAUUCCAGAGUUAGCAAGACAAGAUCUUCAGCGCAGAGAUCUGAAAAUAUUAUUAAUCGAUUUGUUGCAAAAGAUAGAAAACCGAUUCCAUUUGUUCAUGGACCGAACCUCCAACUGAGCUGCUUGAAUUAACAACUAUUUUUAUAGACGAUGAUAAUUUGAAUCACGGCAAUUGGAAACGUACAUUGAUGAAUAUGUUUGUACCUAUGACGAGAACAAGCAUCGAAGGUCUCUCUUACAAGAAAACUCACAGACUAUGCUGGUUUUGUUACUCACCAGGAUGUUUUGUACGAGUUUUUAGACAGCAAUAAAAUCCUUUUAAGACAUAGAAAAACCAAAAUAGUACACCAAAUCGAUGGGCAGGAAGACUCAGGUCUCGUCAUUAUUGAUAAAUAUCACGAGCAGAACCGAAUUCCCUUUCCUGCUUAUUAUGAAGCUUAUUAUUUAAUGCUUUUCAACUCUUGCAAUCGAAGAAAAUGACUCGAAUAUUUCAGCUUUUCCUAAGUAACUUUAUUUCGAGUAAUGCCUAUUCCGCCA